AUGGCGAACAGAGGAGGCAGAUCGGAGAAAGUGAAGAGAAUUUUCCAGCAAUUCGACGGAAAUCGUGACGGUGGGUUAAACCGAGAAGAGAUGUCGUUUCUCGUCGUAUCUGUAAACCCUAGAGUGAAAUUCAGCGAAGAACAGAUUAGUGCGAUUCUCGACGAAGUUUUCCGAACAUACUCUGAAUUCAUCGACGGUGAUAAAGGUUUGACUUACGACGGUCUUCUUCGGACUUACGACGACGGUGCCGGUGAUGUUGAUCGUGAUUUCGAAGCUUUAGGGAUUGAAUUAACCGCUGAUGAAACAAAGGAAGAAGAAGCUUCGUCGUCUUCGAUUACCGACGAGAAAGGUGGUGUUGAGUCACAGAGGAAACAGAGAACCGCUGCUUGGGCGGUUUCUCCUAACGACGGGAUUGUUUUCGACGAGACGUGGAAACUCGUCGACGAUUUGGAGAUUCUUGUUAAGAGAUUGAAAUCGAAGCAGGAGAAAGAUGGAAAAUUGAAAUCGGAUGGUAAUGGUAAUAACAAUAACGUUGAUGCGUUUUCCGACGCCGGUUGGUCGAGAGAGUUAGGUCCGUCAUCUGAUGUGUCCGAUAAGAGAAUCAUCUAUUGGGAAGAAUCGAGUCACGAUUAUGCGGUUUUCGUUAAGGAAUUAGGAGUGUUGAGGAGUAAAUCAGACGGUGCUAGAUCAAAAGAAGAAGCUUUUGAUGGACAUAUGGCGAUUGGUAAGGUAUUGUAUGAUCAUCAAUUGUUUAAAGAAGCUCUUGUUAGUUUCAAGAGAGCUUGUGAAUUGCAACCAAUAGAUGUGAGACCUCAUUUUAGAGCUGGGAAUUGUUAUUACGUUUUGGGGAAAUGUAAAGAAUCGAAAGACGAGUUCUUGUUGGCGUUGGAAGCUGCGGAAUCCGGUGGGAAUCAAUGGAGUUACUUGCUUCCUCAGAUUUAUGUCAAUCUUGGUAUCUCUCUUGAAGGUGAAGGUAUGGUUUUGAGUGCUUGUGAGUAUUAUAGAGAAGCUGCGAUUCUGUGUCCUACGCAUUAUAGAGCUUUGAAGCUUCUAGGUAGUGCUCUGUUCGGUGUAGGAGAGUAUAAAGCGGCUGUGAAGGCCUUAGAGGAAGCUAUAUAUAUGAAAACGGAUUACGCGGAUGCGCAUUGUGAUUUGGCUUCGUCGCUUCAUGCUAUGGGUGAAGAUGAGAGGGCUAUUGAAGUUUUCCAGAGAGCUAUAGAUUUGAAACCUGGUCAUGUCGAUGCACUUUAUAACCUCGGUGGACUUUACAUGGAUUUGGGUAGGUUUCAAAGAGCUUCUGAGAUGUAUACUAGAGUUUUAACGGUUUGGCCUAAUCAUUGGCGGGCUCAGCUUAACAAGGCUGUGUCUUUGUUGGGUGCGGGAGAGACCGAAGAAGCUAAGAGGGCUCUAAAGGAGGCGCUGAAAAUGACAAACCGGGUUGAGUUGCACGAUGCGAUAUCUCAUCUGAAACAGUUGCAGAAGAAAAAGGUUAAGAAAAAUGGUAAUAAUGCGAUUGAAGAAGGUCCGUUUAUCAUCGUGGAACCUUCCAAGUUUAAGACGGUGGGCGAGAAGACUACCAUGAGACCAGAUUUAGCAAUAGCUCUUCAAAUAAGGACUUUCCAGAGAGUUACAAGACUCGGGAAGUGCGAUGUGGAAGCACUAAGAAGAGAAAUGAGAGACAACGAUGUUCCGGUAUCUUAUUCCGGCAAUGGCGGGCCUACAAAAUCUAUCCGCAGACCAAACUUAGAAGAGAUUCUCCGGCGUCUCCUUACUGUCCUGAAACCCGAAACUUUCCAAGGAGUGAUCAAAGCCAUAAACGAGAAAAUCCUCUCGGUUCUUGAUGAUUCAGGGUCGGGAAGAGUCGAUUUAGGAAUGUUCUACGCAGUGAUUGCUCCUUUAUGCGGUGGCCAUCCAGACAAAAGGAAAAGAGUUGCAUUUGAUGCGCUUCUUUGGAGACCAGGAAACGAAGGAAGCUCUCAGAUCACAAAAGUCGAAGCCAUCAAAUACUUCAAACUCUUGAGAGCUAUCUACCUACCGUCACAAGGAAUGAGUGAAAUGUUAGAAGUUCAUGGAGAAACCGAUACUUCAACGGUAACAUUCAACCAGUUUCUAGGGAUGUACGAUGAUUCAGAAUGGGGAUUUGGUAUCAUGUCCACUCUUGUUAAACUCGAAAGAAGAGAUAGGAAUCGACACGGGAACCAGGUUUGCUCGGUUUGUCGGUAUCCGAUCAUCGGGUCUCGGUUUAAGGAAGUGAAAACCGGUUUUAGCCUCUGUAACCAAUGUUACAGCGAAGGGAAGAUUCCUCCAACGUUUAAACAGCAGGAAGAAUAUAAAUUCAGAGAAUAUGGGAAUGAAAUGGAAGCCAUGAAAGCUAAGUGUGUGUGUUUUUCAAUGCAGUCUCAUAAAAAACCGAUUGCCACUUGA